CAGGCAUGGAAGGCCCUUAAAAGCCAGCGACAAGCGAGCGACCAAGAAGUGAAAGAUUUGCGCAGUGAGAUAGCUCAUUUUGGAUCCGAGCCGGGUCUGGGCCAGUUCUUCGUUUGUUACCUUGGCUAAUCGGCGGCUAUGUAAGAUGGUUGUUGUACGUGCGGCGACACAGUCGCAGCCUCAGCCCAAAGUCAAGACCACGAACGUGUUGUUGCUGCUCGAUGUUGCCGAUGUUGACACCAGCAACAACAGCAGCAACAUCAGCCACAUCAGUCCUCGGUCCUCAGCCUCAGUCGACCACAGCCGCAUUCCGAGAUGUAAGGAUUCCUGCAGCUCCAGAGGCCGCCCCACUGGCAGCGGGCCCGGCAAGGUCAAUAAAUCCAGAAAUCCAGAUCCACUCCCGAUUAGUGAUGGCUAGGGUAUUACUGCCCAUGCCCAGCUACACUCAUGAAAGUCCAUAACUAUGGGUAUAUGUGUAAGGUAGAAGGGGGAUUCACCCUUUCUUCAUGAAAUAUGAUUGAUUUUGACUUCUAUCAAACGAAUAUUAUUCUUGAAAAGUAAAAUCAAGAAAUACAAACAAUUACAUGCCGUUUGGACAACAUCGCACCAUUUUUGGUCGUGAGCAACGCUUUAGAACAAAGCCAUAAAAUCGCAAUUUAUAAAACCAACGCUGGAUUUUGCCCGCUUGUCACACACUUUGAAUCCAAACAAAGCACUCAUAAUUAGAUGAAAAUUAAUAUCGUAUCGUGUCUUUCGCCUGGGUUCGAAGUUCGAGCAUUCCAAUACGAAUAUUCAAAUUCCAAUGCUAUUCAUUUAUUGCGGCUCAUUUGCUUAUUUCAAAUGAAAAUGAUUAGUUCAGCCGUUGUUUUUGUAGCUAAUAUCCCUCCUCUCGGUUUCUCUGUUUUUCUGACUGUGUGCAGUCGGAUUUUCGAACUGGAACCGGUUCUGGCACCACUUACCAAAGCUUCAACCUGGCCAGCGAGAAAUCGGGAGAGAGAGAUCGGAGUACGAGAUGCUGGCGAGCCAAACCCACACACCAACCGAUCUUACCUCUCUUCGUGGGCAUACGAAUCUCCGAAGAAUCGGUGGCUCAGCAUCAACACACGCGAGGAGAAAUAGGGGGAAUUCUUGGAAAUUGUGGGGUCACAUUUCCCCUCUUUCGAUCGCCAGCGAAAUUCCUCGCAAUUAUAACCAACAAAAAUUCUUAAUAGAUUGUGCAUCAUUUAGUAUUCCAUUUAAAAUUGAUAAUUAGAAUGGAAAUACCGCGUGCCGAAUAUAUUGUGUUAAUUACAUUUUGGGCCCCUUAUCGCCUCGUUCGUAUAAAACACAAAUUUUGGACCGCCAAUCUCUUAGUACGGGAUUCGAGAUGAAGAUCGCCGCAGCUGUGAUUAUCCUGCUCACUGGGAUUGCAUUUGGAAAUGGACAAUAUCCUGUGUCAUUCCUGGAACCAAAUUGCGGAGUUUCGAUUUCGAAUUAUGGCAAUGGUAAUGCGGUUCCCAUGAUUGUCAAUGGCCGGCCGGCUGAUAUGUUUGCUAAUCCAUGGAUGGCAUUGGUAUACGGUAACGGAACUAUGUGCGGUGGAUCCCUCAUCACGAACCGAUUUGUUCUUAGUGCUGCGCACUGCGUAUCUGAUGACCCCACGGACAUAUACCUAGGCGAGUUCGACAGGUCAACCGACACGGAUUGUUCCACUACUGCCUGCAUGCCGAAAGCCAUUAAAAUUGCGGUCGAUGCGUAUAUAAAACACCCCCUUUAUGUGCAAGCCACCCAAAACGACAUAGCCCUGUUCCGACUGGCCACCAAGGUGGAAUUCACUGACUACGUAAAGCCAAUCUGCCUGCUGACCAACUACAAUCUCUUAAACUACGUUACCACUCUGACUGCCACUGGAUGGGGCGACACAGAGCAGGGAGUGCCUAGCCAAGUCCUAAAGACAACAACCCUUACCCAAGUGCAUCGCUCCUACUGCUCGAGACAGUUUGGAACCCGAGUGGAUUGGUCUCACAUCUGUGCCUGGGACUACACUUCAUCCACGUGCAGUGGCGAUUCGGGUGGCCCAAUAUCCGCUAAAAUAACAAUUGAUGGUAUGGCCCGAGUCGUUCAGUUCGGUAUAGUCAGUUAUGGAGACGAACAAUGUAGGUCCCUGGGGGUCUAUACGAACGUUUUGCACCAUAUGAACUUUAUCAUUAAUGCCGUGCGACUUAAAGAUUGUUAGGUCUCGGAUAAA